AUGCCGAGAACUGAUACAUGCUCAACUUGCGACUCUCUGAUUCAAAAAAUUGCUGCAGCAGAAAAUGACGAAUCAAGAGCUCCCCUACUAGCGGAAAAGGAGCUUCAUUUGAGAAAAGCAAAAGCAUUCUAUGAUUUGAAGAAAAAGUGGCAAGAAAAGGCUAGAAAUGGAGAGGCAAUGGUUGUUUGUUUCGACUUUAUGCAAAAUUUACCUUUACCGCAUAUUAGGGACAACUUAGCGUUCAGAUGCCGUCAGCUUUGGUAUUACGUUUUUGGCGUCCAUAAUCUUAAAGAUGAUAGUGCAACAAUGUACACCUACGAUGAAACAAUAGCAAAAAAAGGUCAAAAUGAAGUUACUUCAUUACUUUUUCAUUAUUUUACACAGGUUCCUGACAUCACUUCUCGAAACUUGGUAUUAAUAAGUGAUGGUUGCGCGGGACAAAAUAAAAAUUAUGUUAUGAUGCAUUUUAUGUAUUUAUUAGUCCACUGUUUGAAGUUGUUUGACAAUAUUACCUAUAUUUUUCCGAUACGUGGCCAUUCAUUUCUGCCCAACGAUCAAGACUUUUCAAUUAUCUCAAAACGAAAAGCGGUUGAAGUAGCAGAGAUUCCCGAGCAUUGGGAUACUAUCAUACAGACUUGCAGGAGCAAUCCGUCUCCAUUUAAUCUGAUUAAGGUACAACAAAAACACUUUUUUAACGUAAAAUUAUCCACAGAUAAAUAUUUUCUUAAGAACCCUCGACCUCCAAUUAAGCUGAAAUCGUUAAGAAUGUAUCGCAUUCAGGCGAAAAACAAGUUUUUGGAAAUAAGGGACAGUUAUAGUGGACCAUGGAGACAAUCCAUACUUCGAAAUAAAAUACCUCUAUCCAAUGAACUUCAACUUGUUCCGUUAUAUCGAGAACCUUUAGCCAUUAAUCCAUUAAAACUAAAAGACCUACAGACUCUCAGCAAGGUACUGAGUAAAAGAGAACAUACCGGCUUCUAUAAUGCCCUACGACCAACAGAAUCAAACAUUGCUGAAUUAAGCGACAUCGAUCCCGAAGAUAACAGCAGUGGGUGUGACGAGUAG